GUGCUUAGUCAACCCCACAGGCUUUAUAAACAACAGGGGUUUACUCUCUGUGUUUAUGUGGGUCACAGGACAGAGAGUGGACAGAGAUUCGGUCAAGUCAGCCAGGGGGAGGGACAAUGAGCGGUCUCUCGUUGCGGUGGAUGUACGCGGUGGCCCUGCCGGGUCUCCUUUGGGCCUCGCAUGUCAGCCUGAUAGUGGAGGGGGACAACGACGCCUCCAGGAUCUGCAAGCUUGCCCCCAACUGGAUGAUAAAGGGACAGGCGCCCAUGCAAGAGCUGCUGGGAAACGUGGUCGUGGUGGCGCUGUUGAAGGCCAGCUGACAGUUCUGUCUCACUCAGGCCUCCAAAAUCGGAGGCCUGCGUGAAAAGCUGAACCGCAGCAACCUGACAGAUGUGUCUUUUAUGAUAGUGAAUGAGCGCGAGGCUCACUCCAGAGCCAUGUACUGGGAGCUGAAGAGAAGAGCGCCCCCUGGUGUCCCCGUCUACCAGCAGGAGCCCCUUCAAGAUGACGUGUGGGAGGCCCUGGAUGGUGACAAAGAUGACUUCCUGGUCUAUGAUAGGUGUGGUCUGCUCACCUUCCACAUCGUACUGCCUUACAGUUACCUGCAUAACGUCUACGUAGAGGCCGCAAUCAGAGCCACUUAUCUUAAAAACAUCUGCAAUUGCUCUGCUAAUGCUACUUUAUCAAGUGGCAAGAACAGCCUCAUGAAUAACGUGACAACGGAUUUAAAUGUCAACCAGACCACAACAACUACAAUACCCACAAUUAAAACGGACAUGAAUAAUCCAGAGGGGGGAGAAACAGCUCCUAUGGCGAAUCAUCACCACAGCCAUCAUCAUCAUCAGCAUCAUCAUCAUCACCCUCAUCAUUCUCAUCACCACGAUCACCAAUAACACCAUCAUCACCAGAAUCAGUCCCAACAUUAGCAUGAAACAGGUCAGGAUACAACUCUUCAUGCUCUCAGUCACCAUCACCACCAUCCUCAGCAUCAUCUCCCCCAUCAUCAUCAUCAUCAUCAUCAUCAUCAUCAUCAUCAUCCGCAGCAGCAGCAGCAGCAGCAGCAGCAGCCUGGAAUGCACAGUCAUUCUGGUGAGAUGGAAGUGGAUAAUUAGGAUGCCAGGAGUGUUUUUACUAGCUUCUUCCCUCUUAUGUAGUAUUUUACUUUUGGUGAGAUGUUUUUUCUUUGAUGGCAGAACAAACAGCCAAACAGCAGUUCAUUGAAUCUCUUUGAGCAGUAAUCAGAUUGGUGGGUUUCUUUGCGAGCACCUCCACCCCUCAGUCCUCUGUGUGGACAACGUAGCCGGUGCGUCCCGGUCCUCUCCCAUUUAUGAAGUCUACGGUGUGAAACCUGCCUGCAGGAGGCCAUGGAUGGAUGUGUGUGUGUGGAGAGAUUGGGGUGCGCUGAUGGUUACUGUCACCCAGACAGAGUCAGAGGAUGUCGUACGAUGCUAACGAGCAAAACCUCAGUCAGAUUACUGUCCAAACAUUUUUCAUUUCUGGGAUCAGUUUCUUGAGCUGUCAGUCAUGUCUCCUUCUGCAUCUGGAAGUGAUAUGCUGUGCUAAUACAUAACUAUGUACAAAUAACAAGAGUUUGGAGUACUGUCCUUUAUUCAUUUGAAUGUGUGCAAGCAUUUUGGGAAGUGUCAUAAUAAAUUAGAUAAGUAUUCAAUUUAAUCAUUAUAAAUCACACCAGCAAUCAAAGUAUUUUUCACUUACUGGUACUGGUGUUAUUUGCAGAAUUACUGGAUUGACACACUGUACCGAUAAAUCAAUUUUGCAUAUUUGCUGUGGAUUUGAAACUUUGUCACUUCCAAUUAUAUAUCUGAAUAUAGAGUUAACCUUUAGAUUGCUUUUCUCCAUUAAAAGGAAAAUACAUUAAUGAAA